UCAAAACAGCUGAUUGGAUGGGCACUGCGACUAUGUAACAUUCGGCGUAACAACUGAAAUAAACAAUUUAGACACAAUAACAAUGCUACAAAUAAGCCGAAAUGCAACAAAUGCUGUGCUGCAACGUUGGCGUCAGGGGAAACUGGUUUCCACCUGGUCGCCACUGGCCACCGCCUUCAAUGCACCGCCGGCAAAGCGGAUGAAUUUCACGCGUGAUGAUGUGGGUCUGUUCCGAAUGCAGGAGCUGCGUUCCUCCGACGGAUUCUAUUUGCUGCGCGAGAAUGUGGAGAACUCCACGCAGGAUCUCAUUGCGGAGGCCACGUCCAGCCAAAGGCAGCGUAAGAUGGUGGACAUCUUCGAUGAGCUCUCCGACUCGCUGUGCAAGGUCGCCGACCUGGCGGAGUUCGUGCGCAUUGCCCAUCCCAAGAACAAAUACAUGCAGGCGGCGGAGCAGGCGUGCAUUAGUAUUUGUGGAGUCGUGGAGAGCCUGAACACUCACAAACCCCUUUAUCAGGCUCUCAGCCAGGUGGUGCGGGAUGGCGACCUGAUGCCCACCAGCGAGGUGGAUCGCCAUGUGGCCAGACUGUUUCUCUUCGACUUUGAGCAGUGCGGGAUUCAUUUGCCGGAGCAGGAGCGUCUGCGGGUGGUGCGUCUUAAUGAUUAUAUACUGCAGCUAGGCCAGAAGUUCAUGAAUGGUGCAGUGCAGCCAACGGUGCUGCCACGUGGCGCUGUUCCGGAUCACAUACGUCACUACUUUCCCACAGCUGGCGACAACAUUAUCAUUACGGGUCUGUGCACCAAUGCGUCCAAUGUCCAGAUGCGUGAGGCUGCCUAUCGCUUGUACCUGCAGCCAUCCGAUAGCCAGGAGGAGCUGCUCAAGGAUCUGCUCAUCUGCCGCAAUGAGCUGGCCCGCAGCUGUGGCUUCGAGACUUAUGCACAUCGGGCACUCAAUGGCAGCACCAUGGAGCGACCAGAGCUGGUGCGGGAGUUCAUUGACGAGCUGUCGGAGCAGCUGCGUCCACGUGCCGAGGCAGACUUUGCGCUGAUGAGCCAAAUGAAGCGCAAGGAGAGCGGACAGGCCAAAUCGCUGGCCGAGAUCUGGGACACGCCCUACUUUACCACCCAACUAAAGCGUCAGUCCCUGGAGGAGCAGGCCAAUGAGUUCCUGCCCUAUUUCUCACUUGGCGGCUGCAUGGAGGGACUGGACAACUUGCUCCACUCGCUGUACGGCGUGCGCCUGCAGAAUGCGGAGAUGGAGCCGGGCGAGAGCUGGCACAGUGACAUCUACAAGCUGGCCGUGGUGCACGAGAGCGAAGGAUUACUGGGCUACAUCUACUGUGACUUCUUCGAGCGCAGUGGGAAGCCAAACCAGGACUGCCACUUCACCAUACAGGGCGGCAAACGGUUGCCGGAUGGAUCCUAUCAGUUGCCCAUUGUGGUGGUCAUGCUGGGAUUGGCACAGCCCCGUUGGACGGGUCCAACACUGUUGUCGCCAGCUCGCCUCGACAAUCUGUUCCAUGAGAUGGGCCAUGCCAUGCACUCGAUGCUGGCGCGGACGGAGCACCAGCAUGUGACGGGCACACGUUGUGCCACCGACUUUGCCGAGGUGCCCAGCGUGCUCAUGGAGUACUUUGCCAGCGAUCCCCGCGUGCUGCGCACCUUCGCCCGCCACUUCCAGACCCACAAGCCCAUCUCGGAGGACAUGCUGCAGCGGCUCUGCGCCUCCAAGCAUCUGUUUGCGGCCAGCGAGACGCAGCUGCAGGUGUUCUACUCCGCCCUGGAUCAGGUCUACCACGGCGACAUGGCCCAGCAGGGUGCCAGCACCACGGAAACACUGCGCGCCGUACAGAACCGCUACUACGGAUUGCCGUAUGUGGAGAAUACGGCGUGGCAGCUGCGCUUCUCCCACCUGGUGGGUUACGGCGCCAAGUACUACGCCUAUCUCAUAUCGAAGACUAUCGCCUCCUGGAUAUGGCAGACGUACUUCGAGGCGAAUCCCUUCAAUCGCCAGGCGGGAGAAAAGUAUCGGUCGGAGAUCCUGGCACACGGCGGAGCAGUUCCCGGCCGGAAACUGGUGGCCAACUUCCUGCAACGCGAGAUGACGCCUCGCAUCCUGGCGGACAGUCUGAUUCAUGAGAUCGACAUGGACGAGUCCAAGAUCAAGCAGCUCAUCGUCAGCAGAAAUUAGUAAACAAUAACAAACAAUUUUGUACAUAAUUUGUCGUUUAAAUUAUAAUUAGUUAACUGCCCUAUUUUUUGUA